AAAAACAUUAAACAAGAAAAUGUUCUUUAAUCAUUUCCUAUUUACUAAUUAUUCAUUAAGUUUCCAUUCGAAAAAUCUUUAUGAAUUCAAAAUCUUCCUGAUUGUACAGAAAAACUUUCGACUGCCGUAAAUAGUGUACGAAUUUAAUGUAUCUUCCCCUGCAUAAUGUUUCAGGAAAAAAACGUUAUUUUAUACGAAUUCGAGUUUCCAAACUGGGAUUCUUUACAGUAUCACUGCCAUUAGUUGCUUUUGUAACUUGUGUACUGAUGACUAUGUACAAAGAUUUUGAAAAAGCAAAUAAUACACAUUGUAAAGUCCCAAAUAUAUUCCCGUCAAUAUCAGCAUCCAUUGGAAACUAUGAACCGCAAAAUAUAAUUUGGAAAACUGCAAUAUACAUUCAUGCACCAAUAAGGUUUUUUAUAAUAUAUUUACGAUGGAACUAUUAUAAAAGUGUUGUUAGGGAAAAUUGCAUUUUUGUAGUAAAGUUAGCCAUAUUAUUAAAUGUAAUAGAGAAUUUUGCAUUAUUAGGACUGACACAUUGGACAUCAUCUGCUAACUAUCCAUAUCAUGAAGUAUCAUUCAAAACAUUUAUUGGUACAUCAAUAUUUUAUAUGUUAUUGAUAUGUAUAAUCCUUACAAGGUAUAGAAGGAGGCCUAAUAUUACAAGUUUAGAAAUGCAAUCAGUCAAAUUAAAAUGGAGAGCCUUCUUUGUAAAUAUAAGUUCAUUUACUCUUGCUGCUUACUUCUUUCUGAGGCAUAACCGACUGUGUGAAGCAUAUGUUUACUCUAUGUUUGGAUUUUCUGAAUACAUUGUUGUUAUUAGCAAUAUUGCAUUUCAUUUAACAACAGUAUAUGAUUUACAAGUACAGUUUGUAUAUUUAUCUAGUAGAGGUAUUAUUACUGAAUAACUAGUUGAUACUUAGAAAAGUAUUUCAACAAAAAUUUGAUAUUGGAAUAUAUCUAUAUUUUACUAAUAUAGAUGUAAAUCAUAUGUAAAUCAAAUUUUAUGAUAUAUAUUAAUGUACCUCAUCAUUUAAUGUAAGUAUUAUGUUGAAGUUAAAAAAGAGAUCAAAGUAAUAAAAGA